AGGUGCAUAGGUUACAGGAGGUUGAUCGCGUAGAUAGAUUUCUAGGAAUUUCUAUAGAAUUGGUGUUAUAAUUUUGUGGAUUACCAUGCGCAGAGGAGUUAAUUCUUUGACAUGUGCGUGAGUUACCUGCUGGAUAAAAACACCAGAAUGUACUCAAAUUCUGUGGGACACCCGACUCAAACUCUGAACAGUCAGAACUUCAUGCAAUAUACGGAUUUGACUGGUUAUCAUCAUGUCACAGGCAUCAGUGACCCGCAUGCCCAGAUGACAGGUGUGUGGAACCCCACUUACUUCGCAGCUCCGCAGGAGGAGUGGUCACCGUAUGGCCAGAGCGCAGACUUCCACGGUUUGAGCCCAGGUACAGAACAGAUAAGUUUCAGUUCCCGUGAUCCGACAUCCAUCCUGCCUACGGGGCCGGGAACUCUUCCAUCACUCAACUCACCUGCCGGGCAGUACUCUCCAGACUCAGACUGGAUCAGACACAAUGUACAUUCAUCCAGUACAGGAGGGAAGACGCGCACCAAGGACAAGUACAGGGUGGUGUACACGGACCAGCAGCGCCUAGUGCUAGAGAAGGCGUUCCAGUACAGCCGCUACAUCACCAUCAGGAGGAAGACAGAGCUGGCCCUGGGACUCAGCCUCUCAGAGAGACAGGUAAAGAUCUGGUUCCAGAACAGGAGAGCCAAGGAGAGGAAGAUUACCAAGAAGAAGAUCGAGAUGUCCCAGCAGGCCUCUAAGACUACAACCACCCUGACCCUUACCCCGUCCAGCCUGGCUGACCCCAGCAACGGCUCCAUGGCAACCAGCUCCAGCAGCAGCAGCUUGUUGUCAGAGACAAUAUCAAUGACUAUCAAAGAGGAGUACUGAGGAGUUCCUUUACCGCGGACAAACUGUAAAACACUGGAAUAACCAUAUUAAACUGCUGUUCCCAUGACAAUCACUACAGAAGAUGUAAUUGACCUCAGUGAUAUGAUGAUGAAAAAACUAUUACAUGCUUCUUGCACACCUCUAAUAGAAUACUACUGUCUGUGUUUUGAUAAAAAUAAGAACGAGAGAGAGUAGAACAGGUUACACUAUGCAAAUAUGUAUAAAGACAUAAGUGCCUUACUUGCAA